UGAACAUUUUCUCAAUUUGAUAGUAGUCAUCAGCUAUAGUAGCAGCAUUCAUUAAGUAUACCUAACAACAGUUACUGCUAAAAAUCACUGUUAGCCAAUGGCGUAGCCAGCGUGCAGGCUUGGUAAGUCCGGGCCUACCCGGUUUUCUCCGAAAUUAACAUAAUUUUAAAAUCGAAUAUUUUUAUUAGUAAUCUUUCUCGUCUUAAUAUUUAUAUUAUUUUAUCUAGACCAAAAGAAAAAUAUUUUAAGCAAAAGUAGAUUCAUCCACCACCCCUUAUAUCUAGGCUUCUGUUGGCCGUCUGUAUUCUUUAGUAGGGUAACUGUAUCGUUUAUUCCAAGUAGGGAGGUACUGAACCGUUUAUUUUAUUCGUCUUAUAAACCGUAUCUGGUACUAUUUCUUUAUUAUUUAUGAUUAAAUGUUGAUAAAUGAUCACUGAUAAUGAAAUUUGUUUUGGAAAAUAUUUUAGAUAUAGAAUACCUACUAGAUAGCUAAUUUGUUAUUCGAGUACAUCGAAAUAUUAAACGUUGACGCCAGCCUCCAUAUAUGCGGUAAUCAAUGUUCACAUUUUAUAAUCACGAUUGUUAUAAUUUUAUUUACUUGAUUUUGUUCUUCUUGAGCGUGCUGUGGUAUAUUUUUAUUAUGUUACAUAGUAUUAUAAAUAUUUAAAUAAAACAUAACACCUUCAUUCCAUUUUUCCUCAAUAGACUCCAAAAAAGUCCAUGCUAUAAAUUAAUUACAUUUUAAUACUGUUAUGAAAUCGAUCGGGAAAUCAUGAAUAGAAUUAAGAACUAAUUAUAGUGAUAUUAAUAAAUGAGUGAUGCCAAAACAAACACCAAGCGCAAUAUCAUAUUAUUAUCAAGCUGUAUUGAUAAGAAUAUUGAAACAUUGAAAACAUUGACCACCACGCAUAUGGCGACUGGCAUCAUAUGAAAAUGUCAAUUAGCUAUCUAGUAUUAUGCAUCUAUCGAAAACAUUAACUAUCAACCAUAUUGUUAAUAAAUGAUAAUAUUAUUAUCAUUAUUCGAUAUUUAGAUAUAUGUAGGAUAAUUAUUUUUAUGAUGUUAUUAUAAAAAUGGUAGGUAAAUUUUUAUGACGGAGAAAUAAUUAACGAGUUAUUAAAUUAUUAAUGAAAAACUAACUGCAAAAGCAACACAUUAAGUUACAAGUUAUCAAUGAAAAAAAUGUAAAUUGUAAACUACAAAGUUACUCAUAUUUGUAAAUUCUUUGUAACUAGUUACUGCCUAGCUUUGGCACGUCGUACCUGCCUAUUCAGUCAUACAGACGGACGGUAGAAAGAAAGAUUUUGGCAGACACAGGCGUUCAUUUCGAACUUGAUGCGUAGGUGAGUAUAUUUCGCUUAUUAUUAUGAUAAAUUGGAGAUUGGGAGAGAGAAUUAUUCUAACGCCACGGACCGCGCGGCUACACAAAUAAUGAUUCACCGCUCUCCCACCACAUGGAUAGUGAAAUAUCUCGAAAACGGGUUCACGGAAAUUAAAAAUGUCAACACAGAAAUGUGUUUAAAAUAAAACGUUAUCUGUUCAUGGCAUUUGAAAAUUUAGUAGCUAUUCGAAAAUCAAAAGUGCAGAGUAGUGGUUUCAUUCCCAAAAAAUAACGUUAUCUAACGUAACAUUUCAAAGUUUAAACCGUUUAAAAAAGAUCAUUGAAAAAAGUUAAUAAUUUCCGAGACAAUGAGCGUUUUACGUUAUUUUGAUUUUUAUUAUUAUUCCAUCAUUAUGGAGCGAGCCAAAAUAAUGAGUAAAAUUUUACAGACUUUAAGUUAUCUAUCCUAUACAUACUGGAAACGUGUGCUUGAUAAUUAUUGAUUACAGGUAAAUUGUGACGCGUGAUGAUAUUAAUUUAAAAAUGCAAAUACGUUUUAUGCGUUUAUAUAUAGAAAUAAAAAAACCUAGUGGAGUAUUAUAAUAGUCGGGCGUGAACAAUACAAUAAACAUUUGUACUAUCCCGAUUUGUUCGCCUAUACAUGCAUAUAUAUCAUCAUAAUAUAAUAUACGUACCUAUAUAAUGUUAGACCGGCAAAAACUCGAACAGCAGUAUUGAAUAUUUUUUCGAAGUCCUAUAUGCGGUUUGUCCGAUGGAUGCGGCGUUUUCGUAUGAUACACGAGUAGAUACUAUCGGCGUCCGAUCGUAACGUGUGUUCGCACGGAAGUGUGCCUAAUAACGACAGUAAUUUUAUUAUAUUAUUCCGUUGAUUUGAUCGUAUGAGAAAAAAACAAAUAUAGGAACGUUCCCGAAGUGCGGCUCGUAGCCCAUGACCGGCAACGCGUCUGAUAUGUGCGCUCGACGACAACUGAUUAAAAAAAAAAAAAACAAAAUAAAAAAAAAAAAAAAAAAAAAAAACUCGACGGCUGCUCAUAAUAAAAUAUCAGUAUAGUACAUUCGGAUAAUAACAAAAUGGUCGUCGACCGCGAUAAGGAUGUCCCCCGUAAUGCAGUCACGCGCAUUUUCUAUCAGUUUGGAAACGCGUAAUGUUCGCUUUAUUAUUAUUGUUUAACGCCGCACCGCGCUAUAAUACUAUAAUAAUAAUUGUUAUAAUAAUUGUUACUAUUAUUACGACAACUACUUAAACUACUACUGCGGCAGCGCGGCGGGAAGUAAAUCGACGACGUUUUAUCAAUUCCCAAAUAACGAUAGUCUUUAUAUUAUUCGCUUUAUCGAUACGUUUAUUAUGUUAUUAUAUUUGUAUUGACAUUGUAUACUAUGGUUCGUGUCUACAUGACGCUAGUUCGGGUAAACUUUUAACUAUUCAAAAUUCUCAAAAACCGAAAUCAAUAAAACGGGGGACGUAUUCAGCAAUUACUUGUACGUGUCAACAAAGUAUAACUCAGACAUCGACAAAACUAUUUCGAUUUUCAAUUCAAAAAUACCUAAAACCUCUUGUGAGCAACUUUUUAGAGGUUGAAUUUCGAAAAUUUGGUAUGAAAGUACUAACUACACAUGGGCCCGUAGUUCAUCCGUUUUCGCAUACGUAAAUUUUCAGACCUCUGUGUGCAAUAGAUUUGUCUAUGCAAACAAACAGAUAAAUAUUUACUUUUAUUGAUAUAGAUAUUGUUAUACAAUUAUGAUAUUUCACGUAUUAUACAGAUAUUCACAGGUAACUUACUUAAAAAUUAAAAUAUCUAUAUAAAUAAAGAAAAAUCCGAAGUACAAACAUAGAUAAUGUUCUUAUUAAGCAGAGUUUCACCGAAACAUUGGUUUCCAACAUUUUCGACACAAUGGACCACUUAGAAAAGUUUCGAUAUGCCGCGUACCACUACGACCUGCUAAUGACAUUUUUUUUUUUCUACUUCGUUUUUAUUUUUUAUUUUAUAUCGUUUUCAACGGGUAAUAAUAACAUAAGUUACGUCAUUAUGAUGCAUUUCAUUUUCAAUUUAUUUAAAAAUUUAUAAUUAUAAACGCAAUGAAAAAAUCCGACAACCACUAUCAAUUUUUAUUGAAUACUUUUUUCAAUUUUUUAAGUAUGGAUCUCUACAACACAAUGUCUCGCGGAUCACCGACGGUCCAUGGACCAUAAGCCAGGAACCAUUUUAAUACUGAGCGAAUGUGCUAUGUUUCUUGUUUAAGCCAAAGACAAUAUAAUAUACCAGGUGAUUCAUUUAAGUGGGUACACUCAUUAUAUCGGAAAAUAUUAACUUUUUCCGGAAUUUGUUUUCUAGAAAAUUUAAGAAACCGUUCGGUCGCCCGUGUCAAAAGAAUUAAUAGACAAAUUAUCAAAUCUUUCGCCGAAUAGUAACCCAUGAAUAAUAAUAAUAAUAAUAAUAAUAAUAAUAAUAUUUUUUUUUAGAUUCUGAGCGUUUUAUUUAUUUACGUUUUUUAUUUCAUCUUUAUCAUCAAAGUAACCCAUAAAUCAACAAAUAUAAUUCGAUUUUCGUACUUAAAUGAAAAUAACCGUGUGUCACACCCGUUUAGGACUUGAAUACGGAGAAACAAGUAGUUUGCUGCAUUUUAUUUUUGAUCUAGAACUAGAUGUAUGCAAAGUUUAAGCUCAAUCCGAUCAGUAGUUUAGGCAAGAAGUGGUCUCAAACAUAUAUGCAAACCAUCAUUAGCAUAUUUUAUAAUAUUAUUAUAGAACUAUAGUCACGUGGGUUUAGCGUAUAUUUUAAUUUUCGGUAGAUCGUAGAUGUUCAUACAUUUUGUUGAUAUUGGAGAGUUUCAGAAUCUAAAAUAAAUUGAAUACAUGUUACCAGGUUACCUAUUACAUUUAAACGUUCAUGUAAUAAAUAAAAAAAACCACUAUUUAUCUCUUAUCUGUGUUUCUAACGAGAGCGAAUAAAUCAAUAUAAGAGAAUCGAAACGAGAAAAUUAUCUCUGAGCGAUACUUAACGGGAGAAUACGAUUGUAAGAAGUAAACGAGGGUCGAUAAUGCCGAAAUGUCGCAGUCCCACGCAGGAUCGUCGGAAAAUCUUUAAAGUUUCCACAACAAUAAUAAUAAUAAUAAUAUGUCGUUUGACCCGCUCGAAUCCACCAAACGGGCCGGGGUAACUAAUAUACACUAUAAUAAUAACUAUUAAGCAAGUUUUUCGGUAUAAGACGUGGUAAUAUUAUAACAUUAUAAUAGGCACAAAAGGCGGUUUAUAGCAUCAGGUAUGUCCCCGAUCGCGUAAACUAUCCAACAAUUUUCGCUGUACAACUACCAUGUUUUGCGAACAAAUCGAACAGCUGACGUUAUACUUAAACCGCGGUGAAAUCGCCCUUACCAAAAAUAUAACUCUAAGACCAUAAUAUUUCCAUAUAAGCUUAGAGUAAUUGUUAUGAUAAUAGUUCGUUAGAGAAAAAGCGCGGUUUCAGGACCACAACAGAAUAGUUAAAAGACGUGAUGUCUUCUACGAACAUACGUACAUUUACAAAAAAAUGUUUAUUAUUUUUGUAGUAUUAUAUUUUAAUGUCUAAUAUAAAAAAAAAAAAAAAAAAAAAAAAAAAUACAAUAACCUUUCCCGUCAAAAUUUGAUUUACAAAAAAAAAAAUACUUACGCUUUAGGUUAUUUUUAUUACCAUCUAUAGCUUAUGAUGAACAUCCUGUUAAAUUUCUAAACAUCUCUGCAAGACUAUAACAAUUUUAUUUUGAUAUUAUAAAACUAAGUAAAUCGAAAAUAUAAAAUGCUUAUAAAUUUGUGGUGGUCGAAUGAUUUUUUCAUAGAGGGAGGGGAGAUAAGGAUGAGUUUUACGAAUUAUUAUUAUUUGCAUAAUUUUUUAUAUCAAAUUAAAUAAUUAAAUAAUUUGUUAUAUUUUCUAUUAUAAACAAGAGAAUUUUAAGCGUGCUCGCAUAUUUGUAUGGUUAAAUUAUGCAUAAAUUCAAAUUCUGAUUUUUAAGUGCAGUAAAAGACAAUAUUUUCGUAUAAUUAGAUUUUAAGGAGUAACCUGUGGUGAUAACAAAUUUUUCAAACGUGAAUAUAUAUGUUUUGAUGCGAAUUGUCAACCGAAUAAUUUUUUCAAGAAUUUUGAUGUAUCGUAAUUUGUAAUUUUGAGUGAAAAGUUUUUGAGUUAUUUUGCUCUAAUUACUAAGAGGAUAGCCUUUUAUAGAGAUUGGUUAUUAACUGUUUGUUAGGAGUUGUGUAUAGGCAAUUUCUUUUUUUAUUUCACGUUAUUAUUCAUGUUAUUUUACUUUAGUAUUUGAAGAAGAAUAACUUAGAUCAUUUUAUUUAAAAUUUUGAUUACAAUACGUCAACAUUUUCAGAAAAAUCAUUUAAUUAAUAGUUUGCAUUAAAACAUGUUCUCAUUUGCAAAAUCACAUUUGUUAUCGUUACAAGAUUCUCACUGAAUGUUGUGAAAAAUCUAAGUAUUCAAAACUAUCGUUUUUUUUUGGAUUACACGUAAAAAUUCCAAUGAUCAGAAUUUGAAUUAAUGUAUAACGUAUCUAUAAAAAAUGGAGUAAAUUAAAAACAUGUAUAUUAGAAUAAAUAUUUAAAAAAAAUAAGGUAAUGGGAAGAGAUAUCCUCCUCAUCCUCUAUUAUUUCUCUCCGUUUCGCUAAAAUAUUUUGAAAAUUUGACCAUGUUAAUAAAUAUUUGUAAUGUGACAAAUAGAUCCCGCGUAAUCGAGAUCCCCGUAAAUAUUCUGGUAAGAAUUUAUACCGGGUCAGAGACAUUCAUAUCUCGAGACAAUAAGGUCCCCAGUCAUUUAGAUCCACAACAUUUUUAGAUCUUGGUUAUAUGGAGACAAAUAGAUCCAUUUAUUAUUGAUCAUGUUCGAUAGUUAUAUAUUAAAUAUGAACAUUAUGAUUAAUACUUUAUCAGUGGCUCAUUCAUCAAACAAGUUAAGUAAUUUUGAACUUACAAAGAAACGUCAUGACAUGGAUUCAAAAAUAUAAGUUUGACAAAUACCUAAUUCUAUUCAAUUUAAUUUACCUAAUGUUAACUUAAUGAAAUUGGUAUGGUGUUAAUAUAAUAUUGUUUGACAAAAUUUAAAAAACUUAUUCACACAAUGAUUUAAUUAUUAUUACCUAGGUACUGGAUUUUCGAAAAUUCUAUUUACCCAUAACCAUAUAAUACCAUAUGCUUCUAACUUCAUGACAAUAUAAUACAUUGUAGAACUUAAAUGACACUAGGUUGGGGGUUCUGGCAAGUGCUAAGUUCAUAUUGUUAAAAUUAUUGGUAUAUUAUUUGAAAGUUCAAAAAAAUAUUUACCUAUAUAACUAUCACAUAUUUUGAUAAUUGUAUAUACUAAUAACAUUCGGAUAUUUGGACUUUUAGAUCAAAAUAAGAUAAUUUGAUCCCGAUACAACUAGAUCCACACUGUUACCAAAGGUGUAGUUGGGAUCUAAAUGACCCGGGUCCUUAUUUUUUCAUACACCGAAAAAUUUAAUAUACAUAUUUUAUGGUCAUUUCUCUAUGAUUAUUUUAAACUAAAUUAAAAAAAAAAGACAUCCUAAGAUUAUAGGGUAAAGUGUAGCCACUGUUAUAAGUACUUUAAUGUACACCUUUAAGCAACAAAAAUUCGUUCAGAAAAGAUGGUCCAUUUUGAAUAUCGGAGUUAGAUUUCUGGUAAGAAAGAUUUUUACAGGUAGAAAAAACUAAAAGCAUUUGUCAUAGUUAAACCAAUACCUACUUGUUUACAAUAAUAUCGUUUAUAACAAUGUAAUAAAUCAUAAAUAAAUAGCCUUAUUAAAAUAUUCAUAGAAUGUAUAGCUAAUUAUAAUUAUGCAUUUUAAACGAGUCUUUAAAUAAAAAUAGUAUUCUUAUUGUAAUUGUAGAUUAUUAAAUAAUAAACAAAUGCAAUUGUAGACAAUUAAAUGUUAAAAAUAUGACAUUUAAAAAAAAAAAAAAAAAAAAAAAAAAAAAAACAUUAUUUGUUGUAUCGUUCAACUAUUUUGUGUAAAGAUGUUAUGCGGUAGAUAUUUUUUUAAUAGAUCUUCUCUCCAAACACCUAAAGCGCAAUACUUACAACCUUUUUUUUUUGUAUAUCCAAUACACUUGGAACAUUUAAAUAAAAAAACAAAUAUUAAAGAGAAAGAGAGAAAUGUGAAAAAAAAUGAUUUUAUUGUUCGAUAAGUUUUAUCCAUUAAAUAACAUUGAGAGGGUAAUAGAAAACAGGUGGUGCAACUUAAAGCUGUUACUAAGGUUACUGUAAAAAUGUUACUUAAAAAAAAACCCAUAUUAAUAUAUUUAUAAUAUAGAGAUAAAAAACAUCUAAAAACUCGGAACAAAAGUCUCCUUUAAAAGAAAACCUUUAUUUCAUAAAAUUUUCAUUUUGAAAUUAACAAUAUUUCUUUUCAGUUUCACUUUUUAAAAUAAUACCUAUAUCUACAAACAGACGAAUAAUUCAGUAAAAUCCUCUCGAAAUAUAGGAAAUAAAUAUACAAAUUAAAAUGUAUACAUAAAAAUAAAAAAUAAAUAAAUGAAUAAAUACGUCGCCUGGAGUAUUAUGACAAGUGUGUUAUACGACCGGUUUCGAAUUAAAAAUUCAUCGUCAGGUAUAUCACAGUCGAAAUAUAAAACGCGACUGAAUAUGAAAAAUUAAACGAAGGGAUACAUUGUAAUAAUUUAUUUUAAUCGGAGAGACUAUUUGAAAUGGGUUAUUAUUAGACAUAGAUAUGUUAAGAAAUAUAAAUCAUUUGGUUAUUAUUUAUUGCCAAUCUAAAAUGUAUUGAUAUUUUCAAAAUAGGUUUGUAUAUUUAAAAUAUUUUUCAAAUUAUUUUUCUUUAUUUCCUUAUAUAUAUAUAUAUGUGUGUGUGAUUCUUCUAAAACCGAAUUGACGUAUAUGUUAUUUUGGGUGUUUAAUAUCUCUAGGUCUGCAAUAAUAUUAAAGCUUGUAUUAUGGUUUUGUUCUAAACAAUUUUUAGCGAAAUUUAAAUUUGGAGCAGCCAUUAAUGUUAGAACAUUAUUAGAUACCAAGGUUGCAAGUAUACGUCCUAACUAUAUUAUUAUUGUAUACCUCUCGAUGUAAAUGAUCGGUAGGUACCGUGGCCGGUUUUAAGAUUUCCAAAAUAUUAACACGAGAUUAUUACCACUUACCGGUACUAUUAUUUAGAGAGAAAGAUUCUGCCCUGGGUGCGUAGAAAAUUGUAAAUACCCCAUUUUAGACAUUUACUAUACUCGUAUAAUUAUAAUCAAUAUUAUCACCGAUUGUAGAACAACAACAACAAUAAUAAUAGGUAUAGUUUAUUAUUUUUCUUCGGCGUUUUAAAAACCAUUUAGGUCCAUUGCCGCAACGACCACUUGUAUUCCUGUCCGAUCUCUUUUUUUAUCCAUUUCUAUUCCGUUCUCGAUUCCAAGUUUUUCUAGGCCCUUGGUUAUUCCAUCCUUCAAUCUUUAUCGAUAAUGUCCUCUUGGCCUUUUUGUGCAUGGUAUCCAUUUUAUAAAUUGACCAAUUAUUCUCUCUAAUCUCUUUCUAAAUAAUAAUAGUUUAAUUGGUAAUAAUUAUACUGGCCUUGUUUUUUUUUUUUUUAUCGAUAAAAAAUUGAUUACGAAUCGUCAAUUUUAUUAUAUUAUAUUAAUACGUGCUAUUAAAUAUCAUUAUAUUUUAGCGGCAAGUGCGUUAUUAUAAGGUUAAGUACACCGUAAUAUUAUAAUUAGGGCUAAUUUCUGAAACCUUUGUUCGAUAUUUUUUCUGUUUUUUUUGUAAUACAUAUUGAAGUAAAUCGUAUUGUGUUAUACUCUAAGUAGAUAUUAUUAUUAUAGUGAUUGAUUUUCUUUGUGUGAGAACGAUUUAUCAUUGCAUACCAAAUAUUAUGAUGAUAAUAAUAAUAAAUAAAUACUGUUUAUUGCAUGUCAGACACAUUAUUUUGGUUAUAAUGAUAAAAAAAAAAAAUAUUUAUUUAUUAAAUAAUAUUGAUUAAUAGAUUUUAUAUUAUAAUAUUAAAUUGUACAUAUGGUAUUAUUUAUAUUAUUAAAUGAACCGACUACAGGAUUAAAAAUGUUCCUUAAUUUCCGAUGACUUACAAUACACGCACGACAUCUGUGCUCGAUAAGUUGACGCUUCGAUCAUCUAGAUUCUAGACUUACAUUAUAAUUUUUGUUACCUAAAAUUGUUUGUUAAUUGCAGUCUUAUCAUAAUAAUAAUAUUGUUGCGUGAUAGUGCGUAAUGUGUCUUAUCGGCCAAUUUUUUUUUUCUUUUGGUACGAAACGUUUGUUUGAAACUUCAGUAAAACGUUUUAUGAGGCAAUGACCGCCAAACUAACAAUAACAUCAACAAAAACGUUCGUACGGCUCUAUAAAUGCCGAAGAAUACUAUGCCCUAUAUGGUCAUUUUGUAAACUUUACACUUAAAGUAACAAAAUCGUUGUAAGUGCAAACUCGAGAAAAAUACUUCCCAACCUCUCCUUUUAUUACGAGUUGAAAGAAAAUACUAGUUGGAUUUUUUCGACCUCCUAUUUUAAACGCCGUCUAAAAACGUCUGUCUAACGCCGAAAGAUAUAUUACGGAAAAUACAUUCGAUAAACCGGAGAAGAGCCAGCAAAAUAAAUAAUUUACUAUUUUCGUUUGUAACUGAAUAUACGUAUGUAUUCCAUUUGACGGAAUCAGUUCGACGAAACUACACGAUUUUAAAAUAUCAAAAACCUUUUAGUCAUUUCAUCACUUAAGAAACUACACAUAUACCUAAUGAAAAUACGUAUUUUUUCGCCGGCUCUGUGUGUUUGUGCUAAAUUUUCAGUCGUUCUAAUCGAUUUUUGAACUCUGGGCCGAGAGAUAUUAUAUGAGUGUGUGUUGUUUUAUUUAAAGAAAGUAUAUUAUUAUGAAUAGAUUUUAUAGUUAUAAAAGUUAAAAUGUUUUUUAACAUGAUGUUUCGUAAAACAAAUAAAUAAUUUUAUCAAUUUUAUGUAAUAAAAUUGUUAAUAUUAACGACUAGGUAUUAAAAACCAAAAUAUUUGACUCCAUAAUCGCCCGGUGCCCCCAUACAAAGCGAUGGAUUUAUUUCACACAUACCAUGAUAUAAAUAAAUAGUGCAAACACAAAUAUAUUUUUUUAGUCAAAAAUAUUAUUUAGGACUAAAAUAGUUAAUAUAGUUAUAAUCAAGGCUUCAAAACGUUAUUUAUAACGAUAUAAUGGAAAAAUCAAAUACCAUUAAACAUAAUAUUUAAUGAGUGACUAUGAAUAAUAAACGUGGGUAACUGUAAUGUAAAAAAAUAAUUGCAAAUAACUUUAUUCAAAAAAAAAUGUGUACUUAUUUAUUUUACGUAUCACCACUAUAUUAAAAUUUUGACUUCAAAACCGACUGGUAUUAUGUAACAAUUUAUAAUCACGUGAAAAAUUGAAUAAAUAAGUAUAUAAAAAAAAUGUACAUAUAAAAAUAAAAAACAAAUAAAAAAAUAAAUGAGUCUACCGGAAUGUUAUGAUAAGUGUAUUAUACGACCGGUUUCGAAUUAAAAAUUCAUCAUCAGGUAUAUUACAGUCAAAAUGUAAAAUGUAAUGUAAUGUAAAAACAUGUUUAUAAUUGCUCUACAACGCUAGAAAAUUAGUGUUUUACUUGAGGUGCCAGGGAUAUUUGUUUUAAAUUAUUAUUAGAAACAAGAUUUUGAUCAAAAGACUUACCAAUUAAAAGCUUUUAAAAUUUUAAACGGCAUUCUUUUCACGUUUUGGAUUUAUAGUCGGUACCUACUAAAUUCAGAGUUAGAAAAACAAUGCGGAAUAAGUAUAUAACGUACGUGACACGUGGGCAUUAAUGCAAUUGUUGUUGAUCUUUUUGAUCUAAAAUACUAAUAAACAUAAAACUAUUACAUUGUACUCAAAUUUUUUUUGAACCAUUAAGUACAAUAUAAAAUGAAUAAAUUAAAUUUUUAAGGAUUUCUGUUUAGUAAAUCAUUUUUAUCCACAUAAUAUAGUACCUGCCAAAUAAAAAAUAAAUAAAAACUAGAUAAUGUGAAAUGCCUAAAAAUAACUUAAAUAUUUUUAAAAUAUUCAAAAAAUUUCAUCAUGCUUUUAGAAAGUUUAAUGUCAAUAUUUUAAGAAAAUGUUUAGGUUUCUACUAAAAUUUCAACUGAAUAACAACAAAAAAUAAAAUUAAAAAUAAUAAAUCCAUUAUUCCCGUGCAUUUUCUCAUUUUUUUAAGUUUAUUCCUGGUUUUAACCAAUAUUAUUAAGAAAGUUAGACGGAAUAUUAAAAAACGGCAUUCUUAUUCACAAACAGAACACAAAUUUUUUUUCAAAAAAAUAUUGGAAUAAUGUUCAACAUGAUAUUACACAUAAAAAAGUAAGAAAAUAACAGAAUAUAUUAUACAAAACUAUAAUCAUUAAAAUAUUUAUAUUAUUAGUAGAAUUAUUAAUAAGCAGAAUUUUGGACUUACAGCAUUUGCUUAUUUGUUUAUGUUAUGAGUUCAAAUAUGAAAUUUAAAAGUGCUUUUUUAAGUACCUUCUUAUUCUUGAACUUUAGAGUAAUAUUUCUGGUAGAAAAUAUUGUGGAAACUACUUUGAAAAUCAAAAAAUGAUUUCCUUAAUGUACCAACUAAAUCCAAAAUGCUAUUAAAGAAAAAAAACGCUUUUAUAUAUUUUUUUUAUUGGAGAUUUUUGGUAGAAAAUUUGUUAACAGACAAUAAAAAAAGAAUCGCACACAUCAUAUUUCAUUGUAAACCUACAGUGCGUUCUUCGGUCCGUUCGAAAUCUAAUAAAAACCACUAAUGGCCUUAACAAAAUAUUAUAUUUUAUAAUUAUAAUCAUUUUUCUCUCCGUGUUACCCAACUGAUUAACCAUAAAUGCACCCACCGCAAACAUACUGGGUCGUCCCAGUAAAUGUAGGCACCUAAAUAGUUUGUGUAGGUAGGUACAUAUUUCGAAAUAUUUCGAAUCACAAGUCGUAUAUGUACAGAUAUAUUAACGGUUUCAUAAAAUAUAUAAAUAGUCGAAACUGUACUCCAGUAGAGUAUCAGUUGUCAUCGUGUGUUAUUCGUUCGAUAAACAUUAUAAUAUUUAACCCGAUAUUUUGUACAAAUCAAAGACAAAAUGAUCAGUCUAUUUCAGGUAAGCCAAUAGUGAAUAUGAUGAUUAUAAUGCUAACUGAUUAACGUAUAGAGAGACAUUUUGUUUAAAGUUUUAAUAUUUUAAUGGAAUUAAUUCAUUUGUAUUUUCGUUAAAUUUAUCGAGUAAAAACUAUUGUUGUAAUAAGAAUUAAAAUGUUUUUAAUAAUACGCCUUAACACAAUUCAAACGAUUACCGUCAUCGUAAUAUAUUAUAUUUUUAUUCCAUAUUUACCGCGCUGAUUUUUUAAUAUGUUCUCACGUUUGAUAAGGGUACAUUUAAUCAUUUUUUUUUUUUUUUUAUAGCUAAAGGCUUGUAGUACGUUAAAUUUUGUGAUUUACAUAUAUUUUGGAUUUUUUUUUCAUAUUUACCUAAUAUUGUUAGUCUGUUUGAAAUAAAUUAAUGUGACUAGGUACUUCCUCAUAUUAUUAUCACAAGCGAACCGGCGUACAUCAUAGGAAUUCCUUGAGAAAAAUGUUUAUUCUAAAACGAUGGACGUAUUUUUUUUUUAAAUUUAGUUUUAUAUAAAUGAUAAUAAUUAAUUAUUUUACAUGUUUUAACUAAACAAUACAUUUUUCGUUGAGUUAUAUGAUUAAAAUAAAUUUUUAUUUUUUAUGGAAUCCGUAUGAAAAAUCACAGGACUUAUUAAAUCAGACACCUAUUAUCGCAUUACAAUAUAUUAUACGAAUAUAAAAUUAUAAUAUAUUUCAUGGUUACCUUGAUUUUUCAUUUAAUUGACCGUAUAAAUUAAAACUUAUGCAAUUAUUUUAAAAUGAAAAUUAUAAAUACAGAAUGAUUUUUUUAACGUUAAACACUCAUAAUCUCGGAAAAUUUUUUUUUUAGAAUCUGUUUUAUAGAAAAUUUAAGAAACAAGCAGCUUCAAAAUUUUACAUUUAUAUUUUUUUUGUCAUCCUAAUUUGUGGGGGUGAAACGACUACAUACUUUUGAUUUUCAAUUAGUAACCUAUAUAAAAAUAGUAAUGGUAUGGAUAAUUAAUAAUAGUAAAUUAAUAAUACAUUUUGGUGUUGAAAUUUUUAAUCAAAGCUGCGUUUGUGUGGCCACAUUGCACGCGGUGUACUAAUAAUGCACCACUACGACUCUCCUCUGAUCCAAACUUAAAAUUGGAAUAUCUAGUUAAUAAAUUGACGGACAUCAAAAUUUUCAGCACAAAAAUUUAUUUUAACUAAUAUUUCAUCUCUCUAAGGCAUUUUCAAUAUACGUCGUCAUUUGAAAAUCAAAAUUAGGAAAUCGUUUCAUCCCAAAAAAUAAGGGUGACAAAAAAAAAAAAAAAAAUGAUAAUGUAACAUUUUAGAACUAUUUGUUUCUUAAUUUAAAAAAAAAAAUCAUGGUUAACGAUAAAAGAAUCUCCUGUAUAUAAAUAAUAAAUAUAUAUAUAUAUAUAUAUAUAUAUUUUCAUGAUGUAAUCGUAUAUCUAUGGUUCAUAUGGAACAUGGUCUCUGAAUUUGCGACAGCUCGUGUCACAUCGUAAAGUGCGACGGUGACUUUCAAGACCACGGACAUAGGCAUUUUAAUAUUAUUUCAGGAACAUUUGUUUUUCGUUUUCUAGAUCGCUGUGGUCGUUUUGGGUGCGCUGACGACACUGAUAAUGGCCGACCAUCAGGCCACCUCGUUCGCCUACUACCAUCCAAUAUUCCACCAUACCGAACACCACGGACACGACUAUUACGUACGUACAUACGGUUUUUUUUCUUGUACGAACGAUUAUAUAAUAUCGAAAUACGAAAAUUAUUUCGCUCGAUUCGAUCAACAACAUCAAUCCGAUCGGUAGACGCUGAUAUUUCAAUAAAACAUUCAGAACACUUAAAAAAUAAUUUUUUUUGGAAGUAUUCAAUAUUGCGUUACGAAUAGUUUUACAAAGCGCUUUAUUUGCUAAACAAAACAUAAAUACUUUUUCUCAAUCUCGUUUUACAUGCUUUACUUUAAGGUGUGCGUUUAAUUUUUCUCGAAAAACGAUUUUUCGAUCAGCGAAAUUGAAAAAAAAAUUCCAAUUUAUACAUUUGAAAUUUCCACCCUGUGGUACUCUUUUUUCCUCAUUUCUAACGGUAAAAAUAUAAUGCACAUCUGAGUUAUUUGUCAUCAUGUAAUGUCUGUAUUAGAUUCUUUAAAGGAAUCAUACUUAAUUAAUUUUUUCUUUUUAACACAUUAUCCAUAAUAUCCGAAACACUGUACGCUAAGUAUUCGAAAUAUUUAAAAAAUACUAUAACAAAUUUAACCCAAGUAAAAACGUUUUCAUACAUAUUGUUUAUUAUGCAGUGCGUUUUCAAUAUAGUGUCUCACUAUGUCUGUUAUCUCGUGAUUGAUCGAUUUUAAUAUCGUGAACUUGAUUUACCCGAAUUUGUUAUUCAAUCGAACCAAUUUUAUUUAGUAGAAAAUGAUUUCAGACGAAAGUGAAUCGCAUGCGAGUAAUUCCCAUUAUGUGUAAAAAUAAAAAAACCAUAGAUUUUUAUAUUUCUAACUGGAAUUUUCUCUGUAUAAUACCAUAGUCGCCGCCCAAGUACGAAUUCAAGUACGGCGUCCAUGAUCCGCACACAAAGGACGAGAAAAACCAAUGGGAGAAACGACACGAAGACGUCGUGCACGGUGGCUACAGCUUUGUCCAGCCAGAUGGCCGCAUUCGGAAGGUGACCUACACCUCCGACAAGCACAACGGGUUCAACGCGCACGUCCACUACGAACAUCACGCUCAACACCCCCAACAUUAUGGCCAUCAUUAUAACCAAGAUUCAUGAACUUAUCCAUCAUAUAUUUACACGGCAUUAUAAUAAUAUAAACGUUUUGUUGCAAUUGUUUCGUUUUUGUACUAUGUCCUUGAAAUCGUUAAAAAAUUAUAUGAUGUGUAGACGAAAAUA